UUUAAAGAAAAUUAUUGUCAAUAAAUUUCAUUUAGAAAGUAUUUGUGAUAAUUUAAUAUUGGCAUUAAAUGAAAAUUUUGUUUCUGAAGACAUAAUAUUUAAUCUUAUCGAAAAGGACGAAAUUGCUGUUAUUCCACCUUUAAGUGGAGGUUAAAAUGGAGCAGUCAAAAGAUAUUGUAAAAUUGCAGUAUGCAAAAUUAAAUAUAAAUGAAAUUGUGGAUUUGGUAACUUCGCCAAAAUGUGGAGCAAUUUCUACUUUUAUUGGAACCACUCGAGAUAAUUUUGAAAGCAAACAAGUAUUGCAAUUAAAUUAUGAAGCGUACGAACCAAUGGCAUUGAAGGAAAUGAUGAAUAUUUGUGAAAAGGUCCAUUCUCAAUGGGAUGUUGAUCGAAUUGCAAUAUUUCAUCGUUUAGGCGAAGUUCCAGUUUCCGAAGCAAGUGUUGUUAUUGCAAUUUCUUCAACGCACAGAAAGGAAUCACUUCACGCUGUACAAUUAACAAUUGAUAUGCUAAAGGCAUCAGUUCCAAUCUGGAAAAAAGAAAUUUAUGCCAAUCAAGAUUCAAAAUGGAAGGAAAAUAAGGAAUGCUCUUGGUCUUCCUAUGGUUUGGAAAAAAGUGAUGACAAUAAAUUUCCAAAUAAGAUGAAAACUUCCAAUGAUGAUGGAAAAAAAAAAUUAUUAUUAUUCAAUGAAAAUCCACCGAUUACUAUUGAUUCUAGUAUUGUUCAAGUUAGAGCAAAUUCCGAGGAAUUGAAUCGAAGAAUUCAAGCUUUCAUUUCCCGAAAACGAGAGCACGUGAAUCUUUUAAAUAUUCAGGAAUUUUGUAUUCAUGGAAAUGAAAAUCAAAAAGAGGACGAAUUUUCUUGUGCACGAGUAAAUGCAGUUCUUUUCAAGCAUAAAGAUUCCAAAAGUCAUGUGAAAGUUCAUAGGGUCUUUAAUCCUUGGGGGCCACAGACAUCGGAUCCCUCAAGUUGGGAAGAAAGUAAAACUUCGAAUGAGACAAGUAAUAAUUAUCCUUUGGCACUGGAAGAACGGUUGUCUAGCACCGAAAAACUUUUAGGAAUCAAUAAACCAGUUCCACGAGACAUUUACGAAAGAAUAAAAAGCAUUGAGGAUCGUGUCUCUCAUUUGGAAAGUCUUUCUCCCGAGUACAAAGACUUUUGGACGGAAGAGCAAAAUGAAAGCGUCAAAAGAAUAUUUAAACCAGUAAGAAAAAGGACCUUUUCAACGGCAGAACUUGGUAGUAAACUUCAUGAAUUAGAAGAUAGGUAUGCUAAGAAGAUGAAAUGAUAUCAGAUGCACUUUUAUUCUUGAAUAUUGUAAAUAUCUAUAAAUAAUUACGUUAUCAACGUAAUUUUUAACACAUUUUUUUAGAGUUUAACACCAUUAUUUUUUGAAAAAAGCAAUUUUUUUUUAUGUUAAUUACUUAUUUCUUUAUUGAUUUUUUUUUAAACCACAGAAAGUGCACUGCUGAUGCUUGCGCUUUUAUCAAUAAAAAA